UGAAAAGCCCAUCCCCGUCAUCAGCCUUUCAAAGCGAUGGCCAGCGGGGCCGAGGUGCCCCCAUUCAACUAAAUCUCUGAUUCCUCUGCUGCGGUGAAUAAGAAAAGGAAUUUUUCUUACAAGAAAUAGAAUGGGGCCCCUUGUCCCUCCCCAUAAUCCAUUCCUCUUCCCAGAAGCAGCGCUCUUAGCUACCACCAUCUUCUUCCUUUCGCACCCCCAACCUUUUAUUUAUGACACUCUUUCUUUAUAAAUAUGCACUCCACAACAACCACGCCCUUCAUUCUUCUUGUCUCUCUUCCACAGGCUACUACAGUACAGUGGCUUUAGCGCUGCGCCUAAAUCCAAGCAUUGAUUGAUUGUCCAUCGAUGGCUCCACUGUUCCCUAUCUCUACUUCCUCCCAACCCUUCCUCUUCUUCUUCCUCUUCUUUUCAGGUGUCCAUUCGGCUACCUUUACGAUGACGAAUAACUGCGCCUACACGGUGUGGCCGGGCGUACUGGCAAACGCGGGCACGGCGCCGCUGUCGACCACGGGGUUCGAGCUAAAGCAGGGGGAGACGGUCGCGCUGGCCGCGCCGUCGGGAUGGUCGGGGCGGUUCUGGUCGCGGACACUCUGCUCCACGGACUCGACCGGGAAAUUCUCUUGCGUCACCGGCGACUGCGGCUCCGGGAGGCUGGAAUGCUCCGGCGCGGGAGCUAAACCGCCCGCGACGCUGGCGGAGUUCACGCUCGGCAAUGGGGCGCUGGACUUCUACGACGUGAGCUUGGUGGACGGGUUCAACGCACCGAUGAUGGUAACGCCCCAGAGAGGCACGGGUAACUGUGCGGCUACCGGGUGCCUGGCGGACCUGAACGGGGCCUGCCCUUCGGCGCUGCGGGUGACGGAGGCGACGUCCGGUGAGGGCGUGGCGUGCAAGAGCGCCUGCGAGGCCUUCGGGGACCCGCGGUAUUGCUGCAGCGGCAGCUACGGAACCGCCGACACCUGCGGGCCCACGCCCUACUCUCGCUUCUUCAAGAAUGCCUGCCCUCGCGCCUACAGCUACGCCUACGAUGAUCCCACCAGCACCUUCACCUGCUCCGGCGCCGAUUACCUCAUCACCUUCUGCCCUUCCGUCCCCAGCCAGAAAUCUUCCAGCAAUCAGUUCCCGUCGAUCAACAACACGAUGAUAUUUUCCGGCAUGUCGGACCCCGCUACAGUGAGCAGCGACGGGUUCCGGCAAGGAACGAUCGAUUUACUCUGGUUGGUGGCCGCCACCAUCUUCCUGAUGUUGACAUGGACCUGCUAGCAUUACAUUUACUCCAGUGUGGUUGGUCCGACAUAGACACUAGGCCCAGCUUCCUGGCUUUACACCGGAUCUUGGUCAUCACUGAAGAAACGCACCGGACCCUGACCGACCCCAACUGGGUUUACUGUCUUCGGUGACCACUGUCUGCAUGGACCCAUUUCUUCCCCUCUUCACUUAUUUCCAUGGUUUUUCUAUGCAAUUGUAUUUGUAAAUUUCUGUUCUUUUGGUUAAGCAGAAGUGCCAUGAUGCACGCAUAAAAGUUGUUGCGUUGCGACGAUUAUGGCGCAAAUGUUUUUUCUUCUUCUUUUUUACGGGAUGGAAAGAUCCACGCUCAAUUCUUUGUACAAAAUAAUAUUUAUGUGUUUUUAGUCUUUUGCAGUUGUAAGCUGCUAUGUACAGCGUUGAUGUAAGCAAUUUCAAGCAAAGAGUUCGUUUUC